UCUCUAUCAAAAGCCUCUCACCACUUCAAUGCCUGUUGACAUGAUUUUUCUUGGACCGGUAGUGUAAACCUGUCCAAUUGUUGAAGUAUCACCAACAUCAUAAUAAUAAUCACUACUACCAACACAAUAACUGAAUUAACAAACCUAUCUUUCCUCUAAAUUGUUGAAAAUCUCCCCUUCAUUUCGAUUUUAAAUUAAAAUCAAUGUGCAUUUAUUGGUGUUCUUGUUCAACCCGCGCUUUUUUGAUAUUGUCAGCUGCUUUCCAAUGUACUCUUGACUCACAAGUCUCAACACUUUCAGGCUUAACAAUCACAAUUCAGAUUAUCUGCUGCAUUUUCACUGUGGAUUUGAAUUGGAGCAGUAAAAAUUUUAUUUAUAUCAAAAAGAUAAAUAAUGAAACAAUCAUUUGAUGGACUACCAAUCAAGGAUGACCUAACAUCAACCAUAUUUACCUGUUUCUUCAACCUCUCAGCAUCUGAUUAACCACCGUCCAUACCAAAGUUGAAAAGUAACAGCAAAUUAACAACAACAUAACUCUUUUGUAUAAUUAUCAUAGUGAUGAAGAUUAUCAUUAACGUUUUUUGAUCGCUUCAAUGGGAACCCGUAAAUUAUUAUUGCUACCAAGCUUUCAUCUUUACUUUGAUGUUCAAUUAUUCUGGGUUCACCUUCACUCAAAACUUUCAACCUUUUCUCUCUAUUGGUCAUGAAAAACCUGUUCUUCUUUAAAGAACCCAUCUCAUUUCUCAACUCUUUCACUUGGCGAUAUUAAAUCAAUUCACUUUAAAGCCAAUUUUGGUCUGAACACUUGGAACAUCAUUAAAUAUUCUCAACCAUUUCCUUCUACACCAAGCAUUACUUACCUGUUUCUCAAGCUCAUCAUCAAACUCUCAUCCCUUCAACUCAAGUGAUCUAUUAAUUUGAAUCCCUCUUAUUGAAUAUUAUUAUUUAUAGAUUUUAAUAUUUCUUUCUAAUUCAAAUUAUCAUUUCAUUUGAGCCUCACCUUCACAAAUUAAUCGUUUUACUGCUCAAAAUCAAUCAUCAUCUUCUCAACUGUGUGCAACUUUUAAUUUCCUUUGAUCAGUUGGAAUCAAAUAUCAGCCAGUUGAUUAGCUUCAUGGUGUGAUUUUACUUCGGAAUCAUCGUUCACAUCUUGCCAGUUAUUACAAGAAACCACAACAAAGUUACAAUAAAAAACAAUCAAACAAGUGACAAUUGGUAAAAUGUUGGCAAAAAGGACGGAUCCUUCAGACUGUUAUCACCAAUCAACUGUUAUUUAUUGUCCAGCCUAUUGAAUCGUGAACAUUAUCACAUCUUUUUUUCCUACCUUUUCAUCUGUUGCUUCUGUGAAUCUCUUGCUCUUUUUUUCAUUUGUGUUGUGAUCUUUUCCUCUAUUUUCAUCUAUUUUUCUCCGUUCCUUAAUCAAGUUUUUUUGCCAUCUAUUGAUGAUUUUGAAGAAUGUUAAAGAUGAAAAAGAAUCAAAAGAGUUAAGAUCGUUUAUCCUUCUCACUUAGGACCUGGCAAUGACCUCCACUGAUUAAAACGGCUUACAUCAUUUACUUGGCAUCAACACAGCGAAACAAUUCCUAUCAUUUCACACGUUGUAAUCUGUGAUCUUACUUUUUGCAUCUCUAACUGUUCUUCCUCUUCCUACCAUCAAAGAUUGUUACAAAUUGAAUAAAGGACGUUUCUUAUUUAGUGUUCAAACAAAUGUAACAACAAUUUUUUGGAAUUUUUUCCCAAAAUUCUCUAACCAAAGUGACCAAAGGACAGCCAUGAUAACCUUUCGUAUUUCCCUUUGAUGAGAAAUAAACCAACGGAUAUUUCAAUGUUUCUUCUAUGAUACUCAAGCUGAAUUGCAAGUGAUUGUUUCAUCUCAAGCCAUGAUUAGAUCAAAGAGACAUCAAAACGUUAAUCCAGUUCUUUACAGGUCAUGUUUUCUUCGCCUUCCUUAUGCAUCCAUUUUGGCAACCCUCAUCGCCAUUUGUGGACUGGUUAUUGCAAUGGUUUCAUUGGGACAGUCAACCAUGAUAACCGAUCGACUCUUAAAUGAACUACUUCACCGAAAACAUAUCUGGUACCAAGAAGCUCAAUGGAUUUACUCAUCGUUUUCAAUUCUCGUCUCUAUAACCAUUCUAAUCAACUUGUUGAUUGGAUGCAUGACAACAGGCCGUAGAAUCACUCGUUAUGGAUCAGUCAGUUCAUGUGGUUUUUGCGGAAAAUUGACCACAAUUCUUCUCAAAAUGAUCUUUGGAUUGAAUUACUUACUCUUCUUGAUCAUCUUGAUUCUUACCUUGAUUGGAUCCAUAGCUUUAUUCAACUGCUAUGUUAUGUCCCGUCUAUGUAAUGAUGGACUGGCUUAUUCAUCAGACUCAUCUUUACCUUCAUCAUCGUCUUCACCAUUAACAACAAAUGGCCUUCCUGAGGAAACAGUUGACCUCAACCAAUCAUUGAAUCUCAAAAUUUUUGGCUCAUUAUUGUCGGUUCGAUCCAAUGAAACUUCACUUCUACUUUUCAAAGGACAUCGAUUGAAAAAACUUUGCAUCGAUUACAUUUCAAGUCUUUACCUUUAUUUAAUACUUACCUUUACUGGAUUCCUGCUAUUGACUUGGGGAUUCAUUAAUUUCCUGAUCAACUUAAGUGUAAAUAUGGCUCGAAUAGCAACUCGGCGUAAAUGUGCCGAGUUAAUCUACAUAAACAGUCCAGAGAUGGCAAAUUUUGUCAAAAAUAUCAACAAAGGAAGAUUUUGAUUUAUUUUUCCAAUUACAAUGUAAAACGUUGAUUGUAAUUUACAAUUUGAUUUAUUGUCAUCUCACUGUUUGUUACCUUUUUAUAUUGAUGCGAUAGUUUCAUAUUUUUAUAUUAAAGCAAGGAUAACAAAACAUUACAGCUGAUUCCGAACCAUUUCAUAUGAUACAUUAAAAUGGUGAUCAUAAAAAAUUAACGGUCAAUUAUCAUUGAA